AUGGUAGAACAGAAUAUGAAAUCGAAGGACGUAUCUUCAGUGUCCGAGUACUAUGCCGGAAAAAAUGUUUUCAUUACGGGUGGGACUGGCUUUCUUGGCAAGGCCCUUAUAGAGAAACUUCUAUACAGUUGCAAUGAUAUUGGCAAAGUGUUCAUGCUGAUACGAGAGAAGAAAGGAGUUUCUGCUCAAGACAGAAUGAAAAUCAUGCUUGAAACUGAGCCAUUUGGACGACUUAGAAACGAGAGGCCCCAAGACUUCAAAAAGAUUGUUCCUGUAUAUGGUGAUCUUGUAGCUGAUUCGCUGGGAAUCAGCGCGGAGGAUCAAGAAAUUCUUUUUGAAGAGGUGUCCGUUGUCUUCCACUUAGCAGCAACAAUUAAAUUUAACGAACCGUUAUCCGUAGCUAUGAAAGUUAACGUGGAAGGCACGCAGGAAGUUCUGAAACUGGCGCAAAAAAUGAAGCAAUUGGAAUCCUUCGUAUACAUGUCAACGGCUUUUUCAAACACAUCCCUGCAGAGAUACCACGUGGAAGAGAAAAUGUACCCUCCACCUAAGCCUAUGGAGGAAGUGUACGACCUGAUUAAAAACAACGACCCCAAUGAACGUUUUAAUUCCGAUAUUCUAGAUGGUCGCCCAAACACAUACACAUUCACAAAGGCACUUGCCGAAAACUUUGUUGUUGAUAACCACGGCGACUUACCAUGCGUAAUCGUUCGACCGUCAGUAGUAACUGCCGCCUUAAAAGAACCCGUCGAAGGCUGGAUUGACAAUUGGCAAGGCGCGACCCCAGUCCUCUCCCUCAUAGCUAAAGGCUGGGUGCGCUGCCUCUACGGUGAAAAAAUGACCAACUUUGAAAUUAUUCCCAUAGACUACGUUGUGAACCUCACCAUCAUCAGUGGGGCAAAUUGCAAGAAAUCAAAGAAUGUUCCCAUCUACCAUUGCUGCAGCAGUGGAAGUAACCCAAUCACACUAAAGGAAACAUCUAUUUUAUACACGGCGGAAAGCGUGAAGCAUGGAUAUAAUGAACUGCCACUACCGGGAAUGAUAUUUUCAAAAUCAUCAUGGAUUCUAUUCCUCAUGACGCUCAUUUUUCAAGUAAUUCCAUCAUAUUUGGCUGACUUAUUCCUUUACCUCAUUGGAAAACCAACUAGAUACGUCAAAAUCCAAACCAAACUAGCAUCAUAUCUGGAUACCAUUCGUUUCUUCAGCUCACAGUCAUGGAAUAUCACUAACGACAAGACGAGGGGACUCUACUCUAGUCUCAAUUCUGCUGAUAAAGACCUCUAUCCCUGUGAUGCGAAUCUUAUUAACUGGAAACAAUACAUUCCUAUCUACUUUAGAGGCGUCAAACAAUUCUUGGUAGAUCCAACAGAGAAGAAAAGACAGUGA